AUGUGGCGGGCCAGGCAGGACGAGACUGAUUGGGCGAACCUCGGAGAUCCCUUCCUGCUGCCCAGGAGUCCUGUUCUGAGCGCUCUGCUGAUGGCUACCACCCCUUCACCCCUCUCAUUUUCUGCUCUCUUCCUCUCCCUGUCUCACCCCCUCUCUUUCUCUACAUUUCUCUCUCCCUCCCUUCUCUCCCCCAUCUCUCCUCUCACUCAGGUGGAACGAGAGAUUGCCAUCCUGAAGCUGAUCGAGCACCCUCACGUCCUGAAGCUGCACGACGUCUACGAGAACAAGAAGUACCUGUACCUGGUGCUGGAGCACGUGUCUGGCGGGGAGCUGUUUGACUACCUGGUGAAGAAGGGCCGGCUGACGCCGAAAGAGGCCCGCAAGUUCUUCAGACAAAUCAUCUCUGCGCUGGACUUCUGCCACAGUCACUCCAUAUGCCACCGCGACCUGAAGCCGGAGAACCUCCUGCUGGAUGAGAAGAACAAUAUCAGGAUAGCGGACUUCGGCAUGGCUUCCCUGCAGGUCGGAGACAGCCUAUUGGAGACCAGCUGCGGAUCUCCACAUUAUGCCUGUCCAGAAGUCAUCAGGGGAGAAAAGUACGAUGGGAGGAGAGCCGACGUGUGGAGCUGUGGAGUGAUUCUCUUCGCCCUGCUCGUGGGGGCCCUGCCGUUCGACGACGACAACCUGAGGAACCUUCUGGAGAAGGUGAAGCUGGGGGUCUUCCACAUGCCCCACUUCAUCCCCCCCGACUGCCAGAACCUUCUGCGGGGCAUGAUCGAGGUGGACGCCACCAAGAGGCUCACCUUAGAGAAGAUCCAGAAACACACGUGGUAUAUCGGCGGCAAGAACGAGCCGGAGCCGGAGCAGCCGGCGCCCCGUAGGGUGGCGAUCCGCAACCUGCCGUCGGCGGACGACGUGGACCCCGACGUCCUGGACAGCAUGCACUCACUGGGCUGCUUCAGGGACAAGAACAAGCUGCUCAAGGACCUGCUCUCCGACGAGGACAACCAGGAGAAGAUGAUCUACUUCCUGCUCCUGGACAGGAAGGAGCGCUACCCGAGCCAGGAGGACCAGAACCUGCCGCCCAGGAACGAGAUCGACCCCCCUAAGAAGCGCGUGGACUCCCCCAUGCUGAACCGGCACGGCAAGCGGCGGCCGGAGAGGAAGAGCAUGGAGGUGCUGAGCGUGACGGACGGGGGGUCCCCGGUGCCCGCCCGGAGGGCCAUCGACAUGACCCAGCACGGACAGAGGUCAAGAUCUAUCAGUGGAGCCUCCUCUGGACUGUCUACCAGCCCACUCAGUAGCCCGCGGGUGACCCCCCACCCCUCCCCCCGGGGCAGCCCCCUCCCCACCCCCAAGGGCACGCCGGUGCACACGCCCAAGGACAGCCCGGCGGGCACGCCCACGCCCACGCCCCCGCCCAGCCCGUCCAUCGGGGGCAUGCCCUGGAGGACGCGCCUCAACUCCAUCAAGAACAGCUUCCUGGGCUCGCCGCGCUUCCACCGCAGGAAGCUACAAGUUCCCACACAAGAGGAGAUGUCCAGCCUCACCCCAGAGUCGUCUCCAGAACUCGCCAAAAAGUCCUGGUUUGGGAACUUCAUCAGCCUGGAGAAGGAGGAGCAGAUCUUCAUCGUCAUCAAAGACAAACCUCUGAGCUCCAUCAAGGCUGACAUCGUACACGCCUUCCUCUCUAUCCCCAGCCUGAGCCACAGCGUCAUCUCCCAGACCAGUUUCCGGGCGGAGUACAAGUCUGCAGCGGGGCCGGCCGUCUUCCAGAAGCCCGUCAAGUUCCAGGUGGACAUCAGCUACACCGAGAGCACCGGCGCCACCAAGGAGAACGGCAUCUACUCCGUCAGCUUCACCCUGCUCUCAGGACCCAGCCGGCGUUUUAAGCGGGUGGUGGAGACGAUUCAGAGCCAGUUGUUAAGCACACACGACCAGCCAGCGGUACAGCAGCUGUGUGACGAGAGGAACGGCCAGGUGCACCACCAGCACCUCCACCACCACCACCACCACCUCCACCUCCACCACCCCCCGGGCACGCCCACCAAGCACUACCCCGCCUCCCCGUCGCCCGUCCGGAGGCAGGACUCUGACUGUAGCGGCCCCCGGAGCCCAGGGGGGCCCAGGCUGGGGGUCCCUGAGGACUCCUAGUUCCCGAACCCCCCCCUCUCGACAGCAUUCCGACUGUACCCGGAUCACUUGACCCCCCCCCCCCCCCCCCCCCCCCCCCAAAUGGACACUUUAUCAUGCAACCUUUUGUAUGAGGAACAGAGUGACUUUGCAGAGACAGAGGUAGAGAUGUACGAGUGUUCAUGUUAUUGAGAGGCUGCUGAUGCUUUCCUCUCGCCCUGCAAGCUGUGCAGCGCACCUCGACGCAACACACUCCACCACACCGCCAUCCCCGUCUCCACCUCCAUCCC